AUGCCAUGGAUUGUGUCCAAACAGGUGGUCAUCUCCAGUGACCUCAACGCUGAGUUGCAUUCAGUUUGUGUCUCAGACUUGGUUUCCGGCAAUACUUUAACCACUUUUAAAAGUGUCGGAUGUGUUGAACGCCAUUGUCUUGACUUAGUUAAGGACCAACUGAUGAUCAGUUCCGUGAAGGAGUCGCCCGUCAUUAAUGUGUGGUCUUUUGAGCGCAAAGAUCAGUUGCAUCUGAAGAUAAUUUGUCCCAAUAAAGUGACUGCACUUAAGACCACAAAUGAUGGCAAGUAUUGUGUGGUUGCCAUCAAUACCAGUCUUUACAUUUGGCAGACAUCUUCGGGAGAACUGAUGGCUAUACUGGAGAAACACUACCAGAAGAUCACGUGUAUAGCCAUCACAAGCGACGACUCGUUGAUAGUGAGCGGCGGUGACGACGGCUUAGCCUUCGUGUGGUCUUUGGGUCACAGCAUUGGUUACAACGAGUUUGACGUGAAUGACAGCAUUUCCAGCCAAAGAGAGCCCCUUUUCAAGUGGUCCGACCACACGAUGGCCAUCACUGAUGUGCACAUAGGGUUGGGAGGCAUUGAAGCCUAUUGUAUGACGUGCUCUACUGACCAAACAUGUCGAAUCUACGAAUUGGUUUCUGGAGUUUUAAUGAUUACCAUUGUUUUCGAUACUCCUCUUUGGGCCGUAGCCAUGGAUUCGACGCAAAGCCAUCUGUUUGUUGGCGGACACGACUCCAACAUAUAUGAGACCAAACUCUAUGAAAAACCUUCAAAUUGUUCGCAAAAGCAGAAUAAACCACAAUUCAUUGGACACGAAUCUGCGGUCACUUGUCUUGCGGUAUCGAUGGACGGAAUGGCACUCAUCUCGGGACCCAUUUCCAAUCUACUGGUCACUCCCUUUCCCUCUGCUUUGUUCGACCAAAAGUCGCCGAAUAUUGUGAUAAAACCAUUCAAAAGGACAAUAAUUAAUGACAUAUAUAAUGAGGAUCCGGACAAUUCGUAUUGCAUUGAAAUUAUAAACGAUAGGUGCCUAACAAAUAGUCUCGAGUUUAUGAAAGGCUUAGAUCUGAAUGAUGAUACCGGCGCUGCAAACGAUUUCGACAUUUUUUCAGCCAAUGAUGAGAACGAAGACAUUAGGAGAGAGUUGAGUGAAUUAAAAGAAGUUAAUUCCCAGUUAUAUAACUAUUCCGUUGAUGCCAUAUUCAAAACAAUUCCCUGAGCGCACAGGUAUGUACUCAUUGCGCUUAAGCUGGUGUUCAUUGAGGCGUUUGUUUGGCUCGUGUAGUCCAACAUUAGUAUACAUUGAGUUCGUUAACACUUUCAUCAAUUGAUUGUUAACCAAAAAAAGUUACAAAAGUAUUGUUAAACUCGGGUUACGUUUUGAGUGUUGUUGUUGUGAUAACCAUUGACUGACGAUUCGGGAC